GUGCCUCACACCCAAAGCCUACACCAACUUCACACUUUGUUGGCUGCAGUUUUUCAGGCCUACUGUCUAAGGCAUCUUCGCAAUGCCAUCCAAUCUACUUACACCCUUUAUUGAGUUGGAUGAGGAAUUUUGCAAGACUUUCCAGAAUCUACAAUUACAGGAUGGGUCGCGGCGCGCCAUCGGUUUCCAGCGCAGACAUUCCCUGUGCCCGGUCACACUUCCCAACUCCAAAUUCAACAUCAGCGCAGGAGUCAUAGACCCUACAGACGAUCUCUGGUCUCUCUCAAGCAUCAGCAGCCAGCCCUGGAGUCGGGAGCAGCUUCCGCGUUCUGCCCUCCAGCGCAUCCCGUUCCGGGCUGACCGCUCCGUGAGCAUGAUCGAAGGACACGUGAGUGGAGAGUCCAGCCUCCCGCCUCCCCCGGGCCUGAGCGUCUCCCCGCCCUCCCCAAGAGAGACGCCGGUGCCUGCCGUGUCCGCGCGCUACAAAACCGAGCUCUGCCGCACGUACGAGGAGAGCGGCGCGUGCAAGUACGGCGCCAAGUGCCAGUUCGCGCACGGCGCCGAGGAGCUGCGCGGCCUCAACAGGCACCCUAAGUACAAAACCGAGCCGUGCCGCACUUUCCACACAGUGGGCUUCUGUCCGUACGGCGCGCGCUGCCACUUCAUCCACAACGCCGACGAGCAGCAGCCGCAGCAGCCCCAGCGCCAGGCCGCGAGCUCCACCAGGGAGCGCCCGCGCCUGUUGCGCCAGAGCGUCAGCUUCGCCGGUUUUCCUUCCAGGGCCACCGUUGCCGCUUUCCAGGCCCUUCCAGACCCGCUCGCUUUCACCAGAGCGUCUUCUGUAUCUCCUCCGCCGUCCUCGUCUUCCUUUUCGUGCAGCCCCGAUCUCCUGUCUCCACCGGGGCUUCCAGAGCGCGGAGCCAUGACGCACGGCUUCGGGUUCACAGCAGAUCUCGGGCUCAGCGAACGGAUCGCGGCUCUGCAACGCAGCACGUCCGCGGACUCGCUCUCUGAUCACGACGGCUACUCGAGCUCCGGGAGCCUAAGCGGCUGCGACUCGCCUGGUGCAGAAGGAAGCAGGCGUCUGCCCAUCUUCAGCCGCCUGUCUGUCUCAGACGAUUAAUUAACAAUCUGUGCAUAUUGCAUAUUGGCUUUGAUUUGUUAUAGAAUUUUGUUUUUAUCUGAUGCAUGAAAAGUUUACACAGAAAAGUCCAUCGUUUUGAAUUAACGCCCAUAGAUUCCCUAUAGAACACGUGACCACGUGACCUGACCUGUCCCCUAUAGGUGUUAAUCCAAGCCCGUGGCUUUUUGCUGUGUGCCAAUGUAUACUGUUGUAUACCAGUUGAAACUGUACUGGGUAUUUCACUCUACACUUUUUGGGUCUCCUAGAUAUGAGGGAAAAGUUCUGAGAACUUUUUUGUACUGUUGAAGUUUGUAUAAAAUGAAGCAAUAGCACAGAUGAGCAUGUUCCAUGGCAUGCACACAUCUGCAUUUUAACCAAAGCGCAGCAACUUUAGUCUAUGUUUAGCUGUAGGCCCGACCCCUAACCUUGAACCCAGACAUGUACUGUAAACAAAGUGUAGCCUUUAGUGAAGGCAUUUUUAUAAAUUGAUAGUUUUACUAAAUAGUUUGACUUAGUUUAUUGUCUAAGAUUCUAUUUAUUGCCCAUUUUAUUCUUUUGUGAUUGCAUUUCGAUAUGAUUUAUAUGCAUUUUUAAGUUUGCUUUGUUUGAGCAUUUUCCCCCAGCUUUAAGUGACACCAGCAGUACAGACUCUGAAUGUAGAAAUCUCAGGAUCUUAAGUGUUAAACUCCACCACUUUCUAUUAUGCUUCUCUUAUGCUCACUGAGAUUAGUAUUUGGGCUCAAUCAUUACAAACAAAGUGUGUGUGUGUGUGUGUGUGUGUGUGUGUGUGUGUGUGUGUGUUUGUGUGUAAGUGGCUGUGUGACAAUGUAUCAGGAAAAAGUGCUACACCAUCUUAGUCUCUUGCACUGUCAAUCUGUAUUAUAGAGACAAAAGAUGUUCUUUGCAAUGUGUACAUCUAGAAGAAAAGUGCAUUUUCUUACUUUGAUUUAAAAGCUUACAGUGUAGUAGAUCGUUUGAAGAAAUCCUCUCUUAGCUGCCUGUGUAAGCUAUUGCCUUUUGUUAACUUAAACUUAUUUAUUUUUUUUUUCUUGUGCAAAAAAAAGGAAGCAGUAUAAAGUGCUAUGAUUUUUGUAUUGUGUUGUUUCAUAUAUAAUUUAAAUGGACUGUUUACAUUCCCUCGGGGUAUGAUCCCCGCUUUAUAAUAUAUUGUUGAUCUUUUUUGAAAUAAACUUUCAGAAACUUUA